AUGGAUCCGGAACAAAUUCUUCUCGACACCAAUGAUUUCGAGGAUGGUUCGGAUUACGGUGAUUACGAGUUCAUACAGGACCAGGAUGCACUGUCGUUGAAUGCUCCGCUCGAAAACAUUCUGGACCCGUCAACUGCACCAGUCUCGUGUCAAUCGUCUCCGAACGAAGAUUCUCUGGCGAUCGCGCAAAGCUUGGAUGAACAGAUCGUUGGUGACACUGGCAGCAGCAAUAGCAACAGCAGCAGCAACAACACCACCAACAGGGAAACCACGAUCCGUACUGUCGCGCAACAAGGACAACCGAACCGACCGCAGCAUCAGAAGCUAACAAUCAAAACGAUCAUCCUUAGUGCGUCCGGGACAUCAUCAGCGAUCGUUGGCAGCGGAUCCGGCACGUCCCUGGUUUCGCUCAACAGUGGGACAGCAUCGUCUUCCUCUUCGAACGCUUCGUCACCGGCGUCAUCCUCCCCAUCAUCCGUAUCCUCGCCGGCACCGUCGAUCGGUGGUUCCACCGCCACGGUACGGUUCGGUCUUGGCGGUGGCAAGCCAUCGGCAGCGGCACUACGCCGUGGUCCCGGACGGCCGAAAAAAGAUUUCAUUCCCCUGCUGAAGAUGUCAUCAUCCGGUGGCGGUAGCACAAACUCCUCCGCACCGAGCGGAGCGUCCGGGUUCGUCGGUACGUCAACGAUGAUCAAGCUGAGCGGUGCGACGAUCGCGGCCGCAACAUCGCUGACCGGUGGCAGUACCUCACCCUCGUCCGAGAGCAAGAUCGUUAAAAGUCCAAGAACCCCGUUUCCACUGCUUUUUAGAUAUAAGAGUACUAAUGUUGUUCGUGGUGGUAUCCCUAAAAGGAAAGUGGAACUAGCUGCCAUUGCAAUGCACGAUAAAGCCGGCGCUGCCGGCAUUACUUCCAUUGCCGCAAGCAGCACUGUCACCACUGCCGGAAUUAGAAGCCCAUCGGGUGGUACGACCCUGCCGGCGCCAUUAUCUUCACCAACGUCUGGCGGUGGAUUCGGUUCACUGCUAUCAUCGCCGAAUGAUGAUGGUCCUACAGGUGGUGCCAGUACAGCAAACAGUUCCGUCGCAUCGACUCCGACCGGUGAGAUGGAAGCCGAUCCGGCACUCCUGAUGCCAGCUCCCGACGAUAUGCCAUACUUUCCCGAGAAGUACCCCGGCAAACUGUGCAUUCUGUGCAAUCUCGGCGAACGCAGCCAGCUAGGACAGGGCGAAAUGUUGCGCAUCGAGAUGACACUAGCGGCGGAUCAGAUUGCAUCCGCUUUGUCGCAGGAAGAAAAAGCACAAGCGUCGGGUGGUUCUACCGCGUCGAGCGAUAGCUUCGGUGACAAAAGUCCGCGAGCGUCCAGUUUGUUGGGACCGCCGCAACUAGGUAGCAGCAAGCGCCAGAAAGGUUCGAACAAGUGCAAAAAUCCAAUACUAAACGCAGAGUAUACGGACGAGCUGGAGAAGAUCGGCCAUCUGGAGGUGCUCGAUAGCUCGAUAAAUGACGGAGGAUAUUUCUACAUUCACCGGUCGUGUGCACUUUGGUCGUACGGGGUCGGUCGCGAUCCGGUCAGUGGAACGCUUAGCAACCUGGAGGUGGUGGUUGUACAAAGUCUUAGCAGAAGGUGUCACUUUUGCUCACAUUUUGGUGCCAGUUUAUCGUGUAAGAUGUCUUGCCCUAAGUGGUAUCACUUUCCGUGCGUGGCUGCCUCCGGCGGAUUCCAGGUCAUUCAGACGUACAGCAUCUUCUGCAAGGAGCAUCUGGGACAAGUGCCUUUAGUGUGUACGGAGGACAUCAACUGUCGGCAGUGUUCGGCCCUGGGGGAUGUCGGUAAUCUGAUCAUGUGCUCCAUCUGUGGCGAUCACUACCAUGGUACGUGCGUGGGCCUAGCCCAGCUACCCGGCGUACGGACCGGCUGGCAGUGCAACUCCUGCAAAAAGUGCCAAAUCUGUCGUGUACCUGACUCGUCCGAGGGUCGCUCGGUGGCGUGCGAGCUGUGCGAUAAGAUCUACCAUGCCAGCUGCCUUCGACCGAUCAUGACAUCCAUACCGAAGCUCGGCUGGAAGUGUCGCUGCUGUCGGGUGUGUUCGGACUGCGGUGCCCGCACACCCGGUGCUGGUGCAUCGUCCCGGUGGCACUCACACUACACCGUGUGUGACUCGUGCUAUCAGCAACGCAACAAGGGCUUCUCGUGCCCGAUCUGUCAUCGGGCGUACCGAGCGGCAGCCCACCGCGAAAUGGUGAAGUGUAGCGUGUGCUUCAAGUUCGUGCACAGUACGUGCGAUCCCGAUGCGGAGCUGUCGGUGUACAAUGCGCGCAAGGAAGCGAACCCUGACUACGAGUAUCUGUGCAGUCCGUGCAAAAUGGUGAUUCACAGCGGACGUUUAGCUGCGGCGCUGCGCCGGAGCAGUAAUGUGGACGAGGACAAUAUGUCACUGUCCCAGGAAAGUCUGAACGAUGAUGCGAUGGAUGUGGAUGGACCGGAUGGUCGGGACGGUACGAUGCGAGACCGACUGGAUCGUACGGGCGGUUCACUGGAUGUCGGUCUCGGCAAAGGAAAACCGUACGUAGCGAGUAAAAUUGCGAAAAAACGGCUCGGAUUGUCGCCUGGUAUCGCCGGAAACCGCCCGAAAGGGCUUGGUAAAGGAUUUCAGAAAAAAUCCCGCCUUGCGGAUAUUACGCGAAAACGCGGCUCAAAAGCGAAAAUGCGUGGAAUAUUCGGUGUGCCUGGGUUGGGUCUGCAACGGCCAACGGCCGAUCUCGCGUUAACGGUCAAGACGAACGAAGAGGAACCGGGUGGAGAGAAUCGGUUAGUGUUGUGCUCGGCAAAGGAUAAGUUCGUACUGACGCAGGACAUUUGUGUGAUGUGUGGUGCGAUCGGAACGGAUCAGGAAGGUUGCCUGAUUUCGUGCACCCAGUGCGGUCAGUGCUACCAUCCGUACUGUACGAACGUGAAAGUGACGAAGGUGAUCCUGCAAAAGGGUUGGCGCUGUUUGGAUUGUACGAUCUGUGAAGGAUGCGGCCAGCGGCAUGACGAAGCGCGCCUCAUACUGUGCGACGAUUGUGACAUCUCGUACCAUAUCUACUGCAUGGAUCCACCGCUGGAACAGGUGCCGCAGGGCACGUGGAAGUGUAAAUGGUGUGCAAUGUGCCUUAAGUGCGGCGCCAACAGUCCGGGCUACAACUGUGCCUGGAUGAACAGCUACACAGAGUGUGGUCCGUGCGCUAGUCAGCAGAACUGCCCGUCGUGUAACGAAGGUUAUGCCGAGGGUGAGCUGAUCAUUCAGUGUCACCAGUGCGAACGGUGGCUUCACUGUGCCUGUGAUCAGAUCAAAAAUGAAAUCGACGCGGAACGAUGCGCCGAGGAUGGCUAUAUCUGUAUGGGUUGCCGACCGGCGGAUCAACCUCCGCCGCAUCUCGUACCGAAACGGAAAACGUCCACCAUUGCUCCCAUGCUGGUUACAAAUGCGGCCACAAUCUCGAAAUCGAACACCAAGCUGGAAGAGAAGAGCAUUCCGCUUGCGCUGGAGGGUAACCACUAUCUCGAUGGUGUGUGCCUGAGCGAACACGGUUUAAACCAGAUCAAAGCACUGCAGGCAGAGUUCGGUAAACGUGGCAAGCGGAAACCCAAACUUCCGCUCGAACCACCGCCCACCGAAAAGGAUGCCGGCAUACUGGCCGCGAUCGAGUCCGUAGUGGCGGGCAGCAGCCACGAUAACUCACUCGAGGAAAUGCGUCUAGAACCGCUCGAUCCGAAAGAAGAGGCAGAAAUCUACAAAGAUGGUAUGGUGUGGAACGAUCCGACACCACCGGAAGGGUUUGCACUGUUCACGACGGAAAAUGGUACGGUCGUGUUGCGGAAGAAACGGCAGCGAAACCUGCAAAAACUAGGCAUCGGUGGUUUCUUCGUGCGGAAUCGUGGCGUACGGACAAAGGACGGAAAGGAGGACGAGGAUCUGGUGGAUGGGCUGGCGGAGGACGGUACGGAUGCUGCGGGAGCGGGUGGAACAAAACCAAAGAAGAAGCCAAUCCGACGCAAGCCGAAGAGUAAGCUAAUAGAAAUCUAUCCCAGCAUUCUGCAGGAUGCGUUCUUUGGUCGGACACUGCUCGGCUCGACCAUGCCGAUGUUUGAGGCACCGGCAAGCGAUGAUGACGGUGUGCGUAGUGACGUUUCGGACGACAAGACGGUCAAGCUGUCGGCCGAAGAGUUGAAGCUAUUCGAGGCUGUGAAGAGUAAAGAGGAGGAAGUGGGCAGUCUGCCUAAAGAUCAUUCCGACCAUCCGGCCGUUACAGCCGCUGCUGUUGCUAGUCAGAUAGGGCAGACUGCUAAGAGUCCAGCGAGUAUAUCCGCACUGCCGCAAAAUGUUGGACAGCAACGACCACCCACAGCGGUACCCCAGUCACAGCAGCAUACGGGCGGCACCGGUACCAAUGUACCAUCUUCAGCAGCCGCUGGUUUAAUGUCUUCCACCGGAUCGAACCCUGCGGUUAGCAAUUUUACCUUGAAGGAUACACCGAACGGUGUGCAUGUGGCAUCUACCACCACCACGAAGAUGGAGGAGGACGACAAUAGCGACACGGAAGCGUUGAACGAUGUGCUGGGUUUGCCGAACGAUUUAAUAGAGGAAGAUUUCGUAAGCCAAAUCAUGACCGCGGACGAGCUGAUGAAACACUCGGGCGCUUUUGAUGAGCUGGCGACAGAUCCGGAGCUAUCCGAUACGUUGGCAAAAUCGUCGAAAGAUGAGUUGGUUGACAUGUUGAGCCCCCACUUUGAUCUGACCAACAUUGGUCAGAUGGAUAGUAAGGUGGUGGAGGAAAUCUUCAAAACCGUUCUUACAGACGAAUCACAGGAAUCUCAGGAAUCGAUGCUUGCCAGCUCUAUGACUCCCUACACCUCCAACACAUCGACACCCUCUCAUAGUGCCGAUGUUACGAAAAAGGCUGUGAACACAAGAUACAUUGCGACGGGCGGACAGACGAUGGUACAACCACCUCAGCCGCAACAUUCAAUGCAAGAUCAGCUUCAAUCCCAGCAGCAGCCGCCACUGUCAGCCCCGCAUCAGCAACAGCAAAUGCCGCAAAGAUCGCUACAGCAGCAGGUAGUGUUGACGCCGUCGAUACAACCUCCCAACCAGCAGGGUGUUCUAUCGGAUCAGCCGUCCAUCGGUGCCAUAAUCGGUGGAAUGCAAGCCACGGGUCAGCCGACGCAGCAGAUUACCAAUUCCAUGGCUGUUAUUCCUCAGUCACACAUAUCGCAGACCGGAAUUACACAGCUAGCACCCAUGGGCGGACAGAUGUUGCUGCAACAGCAGCAGCAACAACAGCAAUCUCAACACCAACCCGGAAUCGGUGGUAUUAUGACGACCGGCAUCAUGCAGACAUCGAGCAUGGGUUCUAGCGGUGCCCAACAGCAGCAACCACAGGGAAUGCCCAAUACAUUCACCAUGAUGCAGCAGCAGCAACCGCAGCAACAGGUGUCACUGCCGGUCGGGUCGGUGGUCGAUACAAAUUCAACAAAUCAGCAGCAACUAUCUCGAGGGUAUUUUUCAAAUGACUUCCAUUCACACAGCACUAUGCUUGGUGGAUAUCAAGAUCCUGGACAAAACCAAUCCUCCGGGACGAUUACGGCGCAGGCACCAUUGCAACCGACUGGUCAGUGGACGAAUCAAAACCUACAAUCGGUACCGAGUACAACGCCCAUGGAUACUACACCGGUAUCGGCCCCAGUGUUACCGGGACCGGCUGGUGUGGGCGCUGAAAUGAUCGGUACAUUAGACGAAACCAAUGUGAAAAGUGCGCAAAAGUUAUCCGAAAAAAUGCGCAAGGACGAAAUGCUGGGAGACAUGGCAACGAUUUCGUCCGUACUAUACUGCAACAUGCGCCAUCCGGAGCUGAAAACGGAGUUCCCGAACUGGAAUGACCGUUGGAAGCAAAUCAGCAAACGGUGGCGGCUGCUGUCGAACGAGGAAAAGCAACCGUUUCUGCAGCAGGCCCGCGAUAAUCGUUCGGCUAGCAAGAUGAAGAAAACGCAACAGGUACCACAAUUAUCACCCAAAGAUGGCAAUAGCAAUAGUUCUGGUACGAUGAACAUUGUUGGCCCAUCGUCCGCAUCUUCUCCCUCUUGUUCCUCAUCAUCGAACAUAUCGGGAUCGCUAACCACGGAAUCGGGUUCAAUCUUAAUCGGUUCGGACCAAACGGUGGCGGCUGGCGGUUUGGUUCAGCAGCAUCAAAUCAACAUACACCAUCAUCAUUCGCAGCCGCAGCAGCAGCAACAACAGCAACAGCAGCAGCAUUCUCUCGGUGUUCAUCAAUCGAUGCAGCAGCAGACAUCACUCGGACAGCAGCAGCUGCUGCACGGGAACGCGCCGCUACAGUCCCAACUACUAGAGGAUCAAGAUAAGAUCAAUGCACAACAGAAAAGUAUGCGUGAAGCGGAACAAGAGCGGCAAUGGAAGCAGUUGCAGCAGCAACGCGCCCGAGAGCAACAAUCGCAACAGCAUUUGUUACUACCUGAGCAAAGGAUGCAAGGUGAUCCCACCAUGCAGCUACAGGUGGCGACUGAUAUUGGGUCUGCCGGUGUUGGACCGAUGGCAAGCCCAUCGCCCAAUUCUCGCGGACCCUUUGUGUCGCCAGUCAGCAAGAACCGCAUGGCACCGACCGUCGGAACGAUGGGAAUGAAUGCACCAUCCAGUCCGGUGUCGGGCAGCUUUCAGCAUCCCGGUAUGGGUAUGCCGGCGAGGGGUCUGCCGGUACAGAUGCAGCAACAGCGGCAAAUACAGACUCAUGUCGGUGGUCCAACCGUACGAAUGCCAUUGAGUCCCUUUUCGCCGCAAUCACAGCAGCCCCAAUCACCGCAUGAUAUGCUGCCCGAAUCGCCAGCCAGCCAGCAUUCCGGCAUGGAUCCGUUCGUUCGGCCACCAUCCGAGGGUAUGGCCGAUACGUACGCAGUGCACCAUUCUCCCCAGACACCCCGUUCGAUGGGACACCAAAGUCCGGUUGCGGCUACGAACAGAAGCCCGGCGUACACGGGAUCACAAAUGGGAACGAAUUCGGCCGGCACACCGACGGGCAUGCGUAUCAACACGAUGGAUUCGGUUUAUCCCGGUGGAGCACCAGGCACACCAAGGCCACAAUUUUCCACCGGUACAUCCAGGCCAACGGUGUACGCGCGCCCAAGCGAAUUGUACAAUCUUAUGCAAAACUCACCGUUUGCAUCACCGCGCUCGGAAGGUUUUGCUCAAUCGCCUCAGGAAGGAAACAGACAGCUUCGUGACCUGCUGCAACGGCAGCAGCUACCAGCUCCCAACAAUCCUGUCAGUGGGGCAACAGUCGGCGGAACAAACUUAAUGCAACAGACCGCCACCCAACAGUCACCGCAAUCGGUACAGUCGCCAGGAGCAUUUAUGGACGAUCAACAGCACCAACAGCAGCAGCAACAACAGUCACAACAACUCCAGCAGCAACAACAGCAGCUUCAGCAGCAGCAACAACAACAACAACAACAACAUCAACAACAGCAACAAUUACAGCAGCAAACACAGCAACAAUCAUCACAAAUGCUUCAUCAACAAUCGCAGCUACAACAACAACAGCAACAGACAGGAAUAGUACAAACCCAAGGAACAGUAAUGCCUUCUAGUCCUACGGAUAUGGGAACUUUCAGACAACCGCUGCCACCAAAUAUGAUGGCACGGCCCCGCAUGCCUGGAACAAUGCUUCGUCCAUCUGGAAAUAUCGUUCUAGGAACGAACAAUCAAAUAUUAGUACGGCAGCAAAUUGUUCGCACCGCCGGCACUAAUCAAAUGGUGAUAACACAGCAAGGUAUGAUACAGCAGCAGCACCAGCAGCAACAACAGACCGGCCAAAUAAUACGUCAACGUAUGCAGUUUGUGGGCCAAACCAAUGCCCCUGAUGGAACACAAUUUGUAACGCCCAACGGUCAACUAUUACAUUCCCAACAGCAGCAACAGCUAAUGAACCAACAGCAAUCACAAGUACUUACCUCUUCCCAAACCGAUCAGCAGAACAUAGCGCUUCUAGCCCAGCGGCUUGCGGGCGAAGGUGAAGCUCACGUGCCUUCCCAGAACAACAUUGUCCGUGGACCCCAAACGCCACAACAGCAACAAAGUGGUCAAAAUACGCAACAAACACCGUCUGCGGGUCCACAGUCGGACGGAUCGUCCGAAAUUCCGGACAGUGUUAGCGCGGAGCUGGAAAAACUGGAACAGGAAGACAAUACCGGCAUGGGCGAGGUCGAAGGUGUUGGUGAUCUGCUGGGUGAGCUGGAUGACGAUGAUGCGGAGCUGCUUGAUUCGUUGACAGCCGAAAUGGGUGAUCACUUCAACAUUCUGGAGUAUGCCGAUCCCGAACUGGAUACAACGGAUGGUGAAAAGUCCAACUUGCUCGAUAGUUUAGAGCUGGACGACGAAGCGAAAGAGGCAGAAGCGAAAACAAGACAGAAGCAGGGUGAGAAUGUUGACUCCACGUUUGAGAAAAUGGAAGCCCAAACUAAACCGGUCGGACCGACGGUGGCAAGAAACAUGGCGGCAGGUGGUAUCGUACAGCAAGACCUUUCAAACUCGGGUGUAGUUGGACAAAAUGCGAUGCAGAACAGUAACUUUGCCACUGUUCAGAGUCAGAUGAUGCAACAGCAACAACCGCAGCAACAGUUUGGACAGCAGCAGAUGCUAACUUCCGUUACCGGUCCGCAACAGAAGCUCUCGACGGCGACCCAAAUGAAAACGGGCCGACCGAACAUGAUUGGGCAACCUUCGAUGCAACAAAUGCAACAACAACAGCUACAACAGGGGGUUGUCGUCGGACAAAAUACGAUAGUUGGCGGGCCUAGAAUGAUGACAGCGGAUGGAACUAUUGGCGUUGCCGGAACUGCAACCAUGAAGGCUGGAUUCAUGAACCAACAGCAUCGUAUGCAGCAGUUGAAACAGCUUGGCCCGAAUGGUGGUGGGGGCAUGGUGCAGAAUAUCAUUCCUACCGGUCAACCGCAACCAAGAAUUAUACAUCAAAUGGCGGGUAACAGAAUGAUACAGACGUCGGCCAACCUGCCAAUUCAGGCGCAGCAGUCACAUCAGCAACAGCAGCUCAACGCAGGCAUUGGCAAUCAAUCACAAAUAGCGAUACAACAACAACAACUGCAACCGCAGGUACAGGAUGUUCAGCAGCAGCAGCAGCUGCAACAACAACAACAACAGCAAAAUGUGCCUGGAGCUGUUGGUCAGCCACCUCCUCCACCCUAUCCAGAACCGCCUCCACCAUAUCCCGGCAACCAAUCUGGGCCAAACAUGCCACUUAGUGGCAAACCAAUGCAGGAACAGCGUCUAUUGCUGGAAGACAUGGUGGAACAAGAGAAGCGCGAACAGGCCAACCAACUGCAGCAUGCGGGUGAAAUGCCACCCAAUCAAGGGAUGAUGAACGAUCAGGAUUACGAUAGGUUGAUAAAUAGUCAGCAAGGUGCCGGCCGACCUUUACAGCAACAACAGGGUAUGGUAGCUACACAGCAAAACCCAACCCAGCAGCUUCAAUCGCCCACGGUUAUGCACCAGCAGCAACUACAAAUGCAAUCACCUAGCGGUGGUCAGUUUAUGCUACAACAGCAGCAACAGCGAAUGACUACACAAUGGCGCCCAAUGACAUCGACGCAAUCAACACCAAACUCGGGUAUUAAUGUAAUGGGGCAACAACAACAGUCUCAAAUUGCUGGCAGUAGCGGGCUUAUCAAUCAGCUGCCAAAAAAUACGACGGUUUCUAUGACAACCGUUCCUUCGCCCUCGUCGACCGGUACCGCCCCAGUCCCACCGCAAACUGAUCCGACGGCCAACAAAACGAUCCCGUUGUUCCAGGCAAACUUGCAGCCACAACCACCACAACCACCCGAAACGAUCACUACCGAACAGGAUCGCUUGCUGCAGAUAAAUUACGAAAACUGGCUUAAUCAACAGAAUGCAGUGCUAUCGAACCAACUCAAAUAUUACGAAACUGAAAUAGUGAAGCUACGGAAGGUGAAAAAACAGCUCAACACCAAACAGCGGCAAGUGCGCAAACAGGGCAACGAGCUAACGGAGCACGAUGCGAAGGAGCUGCAAAGAAUCACCGCGGAUCAUACGAUCAUUCAAAAGCAGCUAGAAAAUGCUCGACGCCAGCAGAGGCAACAUUCGGUGAUACUGCAGGAGUACAAAACGAAGCAUCAGUCAAACAAACCACAUACAUCCAGUUCGACAACACCGGUCGGAGCACCUGGGAGCUCACCGGCACAGUCGCAUAUAGCGCCACCGUCACCACUCAUGUCACCCUCACCGAGCUCGCAACCGGGACCGCUGUAUCAUCCACCCGUACAGUCACCGUUGAGCAACCCCAUUCUGCAGCCCAAUCAAAGUCCACUGCACUCGCCCAGUCCGCUGCUGUCCCACAGUCCAGGACCGGCAAGCGUAAACUCAUCCGUACUGCAAAGCCCGGGUGGCAAUCAUACGAACUCGAACAGUGCAAUGUCACCGUACAGUACGAUGCAACCUUCGCCCCGUAUCGGCACACCGCAUUCACAGAUCGAUGAAAAUCCGUUCAGCCCCGGUCCCGGUGGUCCUUCACCGUCUCCAUCACUGCCAGGGCGGUUGACGUCGCCGGCACCUCGUAUGACCUCACCGCAGCAUCGUAUGGCCGGACAGCAACUGGUAAUCGGUGGUGCUGGACGCAUGGUGCCCAGCCCUGGCAAUCAAUUUAACCAGCAGGGCAUGACGAUGCAGAACUCCAUGAUGAACUCACAAAUGCCGCAACAACAGCUUCAACAGCAGCAACAGCUACAGCAAACACGCUUCGUAAGGCCCCAAACCAUACCGAACGAUCCGAAUGUUCGUAUGCGUGUUGUAAACAGUAUUCAAAUGCAGCAACAGCAACAACAACAGCAACAGCAGCAACAACAAAUGAUGGUUCAAAAUCCAAACAUUCGCCAAGUACAACCGGGUGCUGUUGUCGGAACUGGUUAUAACUCUCCAUUGGGUAGCCCACAGCCGAUCAUGUCACCGGGAGGCAACAUGAACCAACAACAGCAACAACAACAAUCGCAACAGACGAUGGAUCCACGCACAAUGCAGUUUCUACAGCAACAGCGUAUGCAACAAAUACAGCAGCAGCAACGUCAGCAGAUGAUGCAACAACAGCAGCAACAACAAUCACCGCAACACGGUGGUACCGCUGGUACUGGAACAAUGAUGCAUCAACAACAGCAACCUAAUCAACAACAGAUGCAGUUAAUGCAGCAACAGCAACAACAACAAUUGCAAAUGCAGCAAAUGCAACAACAGCAAAUGCAGCAACAGCAGCAGCAACAGAUGAAUUAUGCAAAGCAAAGUCCAAUUCAUCAGCAACCACCGUCACCACUCUUGAGUCAUGGGGGUGGUAAUACACCCUCAUCUUCACCGAUGCCUCAAAGCCCGAUGAUGUACUACACCCAACAGCAACCACAACAACAGUUGCAACAACAACAACAACAACAACAACAGCAACAAGGGCAACAAAUGCAGCAGCAACUGAUGCGUCCACAAUCGAUGCCGAACUGUGAAGGCUAUUCCAAUACCGGUGGUGGUGGUGGUGGUAUGAAUCAUCCGUCCAACCCUAUACCGCUGCCAUUCGGCAAGUUUGGUUACAUCAAGCUCGGUCUUCGUGGUGGGUCCCCCAUGUGGGGCAAUGCCCGGGGCAAUAAGCGCACGAACCCUGUCGCACAGUUUCAGCAACAACAACUUCAGAAACAGCAGCAAUUGCAGAAACAACAGCAACAGUCUGGUGCAAGUGCUAACGCGGGCACAUCUUCCGGAACACGAACGCCACAAGCUACCGCUUCGUCCGAGGUAAGAAAGCCGACCGUUAACGCCACCGGUUCGUUUAUUCAACAUCGAAAUCGCAUAACCAUCGUGCAGAAACCGGCGGCCGGCGUAAUGAACGCCGUAGGUGUGACGCUGAAGCCGGUAGGGGUUGGUGGUGGUACGGAUGUGGUGGUUAGCAGCAACACCAACAGCAGCUCCAACGUCGAAGAGAUCGUGGUAAUUGACAGCAGUCCGGAUGAGAAACAGCAGCGACUGUUAGAUUAUGACGAUGAUAAUGAUAAGACGCUGGUGGGUACGGAAGUGUCACUGAAUUCGGUCGCACAGCACGGUGUCGAUGGGGAUGAAGCAAUUAUGGAGCCGUUCGGUACCGGUACCCCAGCGGGAUACGAAAUCGUUGGUAGUCCGCUGGAUUCACAGAUUGCUGCCGGCGAGUAUAAUCUCUUUUCGGAUGACGUGGUUGAGUGCGUGGACAGCGAGGAUGGAUCGAGCGUUUCGGCAGUAUCGGGAGCAAAGAAGGACACCCGGACGGUUGCGGUGGAGUUGCUGAUCGAUGCCGUCGAUAACAGCUCCAAGGACAAACCAUUGUUGGGCAGCUCGGAAAUAGAGAUAGUGGAGAGCAUUGACGAGAGCAGUAUCGGUACGACAGCGGAAGAUUUUGAAGCAAUGAUCGAUAGCCGGCCUAAGGAAGCUACACCGCCGGCAGUCGUCACCACGGAAGUGCAAAGCACCGCGCCCAAAGCUGAACCCGCAAGCACGCGAAAGGAAGAGAAGGUUGCUGAUAAAGCAGCCACUCCUAAGAAGGAAGUGACGGUAGUUGCACUGCCACAGCAGCAGUCAAAGUCAAUCUCGUACCCAGCGCGGAUUGCCAUUCAGCAAGCAUUAAUGCAGAACCGGCCGAUUGUUGCGGCCGGCCAUCAGCGGUUCGUGAAGGAUGCGACCGAAUCGACCGCCAAGCUGUCAAUCGGCAACACCACCAUCUCGGUGCCGAUACUGAAAAGCUUUCCGACGGCCACCGCACCGCCUAAAACGGCCGGCGCCGAACAGAAUGCGGUGAGCAAAGCUGCAACGCUUGCGACACAUUCGAAGAAAAUCAUCAACACAUCUGGCGGGCUGUCGAUCAGCAACAUUUCGAAGAAUCCGUCCGGUGGUACCGUGAUUGCCGUCGCUGGGCAGAAAAUAAACACGAGCAGCAUCGUAACGCUUUCUUCGCUGAACUUAAACCAAUCGGCACCGUUCGUAACGAAAACGUUCGUGCGUCCUGGUGGAGCGGUAACAAUACAGCAGCAGAAGCAAAUUCCUGUCGGGUCACAGAUAAAAAUUCAGACGAGCCAACCGUCCAUGGUUGCCGCAACAACAGGAAUUCAACAACAAUCCACACAACAAACGGCUAUCACCUCUGGUACGAAUUCGAACCAAACCAGCGCCUCCACCGUUGCAACGAGCAUGAGUUUCGGCGUGGUGCAAAGCACUGUUCUACCUUCCGCCAGCGCGCAGCAACAAAUCGAGGGUAUAGUGGUGAAAACGGUUACGAAACCGAAAGUAUCUUCCUCGCCGAGCCUUAGUUAUGCGAAGUUAUCGUCGCUCACCGUGACACAGGAUGCAUCACUACCGACCAAAAUCUUUGAAGAUGAUUCCAUCUCACCGGACAGUUCGAUCAGCCAGGAAGACACAGAGCAGCUACCGUUGGACAAAUCGGAAGUUCCUGCUGCUGUGGAAGAUGGUGCAGCAAAACACGUGGUUGAGCCCACUGGACAGAGUAGUCAGGACAAUGCGGGUAAUGUGGAGCUGAACCAAACGACUGAAUCGGGCGUUAAGACCAAACAGAACAUCAUUCCGGUACAUGUAAUAGCUAAAUCGCGCGAGAAUUCGCGCAGUCCCAUCCUGACCGGUGCCUCGGGACAACGAAUCGUGUCGUCGAUGCCCCAGCUAUCACCGUUGUCGCAACCGAACGAGCUAACGCUCAAUGCUAUGAAUGUGUCCCAGCAGGUGCGUUCCAUCAUGUCCUCGAUAAGCGUAUCGAACGCGGCGAAUGUAACAGUCAGCAGUGCUGGUACACCGAACGUUGUACUGUCCGUGGCACCAUCCAUCCUGACAACGGCGACCGGAGUAUCCACCACGAACGCAUCGACGGUGGCAGCUAGCAACAUAUCCACCAUAACGUUCGAUACGAUACUUCCGUCGAAGGGUGACAACAUGAGCAAAACGGAAACGAUUGCUAGCAUACUGAAAACGGUGUCGGGAAAAACGAUUCUACCGGCGGCGGCCAUCGCCAGCAAUACAAACCUGAUCAAAACUUCCGAACAGAGCGCUGGAACGCCACUAACGUCGACCACCAUAACACAAAUACCCGGCACGAAGCUGAUCACACAACAGCUCCAACUGAGCCGACUGCAGGGCCAAACAAUUGGUGCUGGCAACAGUGGUAACUUUCUGGUCGUCAAACAGUUACGCACGCCGAACAAGCAGGCGGGUCAAAACCACACACAGAAGCAGCUUGUGGUACUAACGCAGCAGGCACAAGGCGGACAGCAAAUUAAGCUACAAUCUCAUCAACCACAACAGUUGGCGGCCGGCAACAGUGUCAUCAUACAGAGCCAACCGAGCGCUACCGGAGGUGGUAGUUUUGUGAAGAUAUCGGCCACCCCAACCGUAGUGUCCACGGGUGACUCCACGAGCAAAUCGACUAGCACGACCACGGUGGAUACGAACAGUACGGGUGGUAUUGCGACAAUCCUCAGCAACGCAAACCAACAGCAACAUAAAGCACUAGCCACACAGCAGCAAGCAUCUCAGCAGGUUCAGCCGCUUGCAUCACCGAUGCAGAGUUCGGCAGCUCAGCAAAUCAUAUGCACCAACCAAGCAACGGGACAGACAAGGAUACUUAACUUAGGCACCGUGGUGGCAACCGGUGACGGUACGUCCGGUAGCCAAACCAAAUCUAUCGUGAUGAGCACCUCACGGGCCGCUACUAUAACGAGUAUCAACGUCACGUCAACUACAACGACUCCCGUUGCGAGUAUUUUGAGUGCUACACUAUCGCAACCGCUAAUAAAAACCAGCCACAUACCAUCAUCCAUUACCACGUUGCUCCAGAGUCAGCUGCAGAAUGCGGCUUCCUUCCGGCGUUCCAAAUCUACCGAUGAGGCACCGGCACACGUGCAUGGGCGUGAAACUGCGUCGCAGAUAUUGAGCAAGCGGCUUAGUCUGGAGGCAACGAACGUCGUUAAAAGCGAACCGGUAGACAGUGCAUCAGAUGAUGCAAGCGUAAGCUCCACUUCCGCUUCAUCGACCGCAGCCGUUGGUAAUCAGGCGAAGGCAGACACAUCUGGCACCGGUAGCGGAUGCAAAUUCUCCACCAUGACGUCGUCGGGAUCCGCAUCCAAGUCGGAGGAUUCGCAAAACGUACUGCUGAAGCAGCUUCUGCAAAAUAGUGGCGGUACUAACGCGUCGGUAUCGUCUCCGACACCGUCACCGAUCGGUCGCACCGUGCCAAGUCUUAUCACGAGCCAGCGUGCCCCAAGUUUGGGUGUGGUCAGUUCACUCGAAGCGCAACUGGCGCGCCCCGUAAUUCCACCAUCGGCAAAUCCUCCAGCGAUUCAAAUCAUCAGCACCCAAGCCAUACCGUCGAUUGCUGCUGCAAUCACGUCCAUGUCGUCGACGACUGCGGCUUCGACGGCCUCAUCUACUGUGACUGCGCUAACAAACUCAUCCACCAGCAUGUCGGCCGGAACUACGACAACAACCAUGGCAGUGACUACGGCCAGUAGCUCCGGUGCGGGUAGUAACAGCACGGCGGAGACAACGAAAACGAAACUCAUCUCAAGAGAAACUUCUUUUGUCUCCAAACCAUCCGGCAUAUCGUCGAGCCAUCCGACACCGAAUCUAGCUGCCAAUAUGCUUGCUGCUAGUAUCAAAAAGGAGGAAAUGCUACAGGCCGCAGCAGCGGCGGCAGCGGGCACUUUUCCGACCGGAGUUCCUGCCGCGACGGUCGCGCAGGGUACGGUGAAAAUUGAAUCAGGUUCGAUCACCGUAACGCAGAUACAAACGUCACAACCAUCGAUCGUUACUUCCCAACAACUACAAACAACGGCAAAGUCGAGUAUGCCGCAGCAGCAACCGCAUCAGCCACCGAACGCCCAACCAUUUCCACAGCAAACUAAUCAAUCGCAGGCCAAAGCUGCAAAUGCUCCCGUGGUAGUGUCCGUGAGCGCUGCAUCAAAUGUUGGCGAUACAAAUGUAACCAUCACGAAACGUGAUCCUCAGACCACGCAAACAACCUCAAGCGUUACGCCGGCGUUGCAGGCGGGCAUUAGUGUGACUGUUACGACUAAAAACGUACCGACCGAGGAGCAGAAACGGUUCGUACCGAGUCCAGUGCAGGUUGGAGAAACAACGGCGGUUCGAACUCCUACUCCAACGCCAUCUGCCGGCAAUAUGCAACAACUAUCCAAGCCAUCUCCAGUCGCUCCUGGACCUGGAGAUACACCGGUUGAAGUAAAGAAAGAAUUGGAAUUAUCCUUAUGCAGUAGUGCGACUUCGGUGUCCACCAUCACCACCACAACUGGCACAACCAGCUCAGCUACGACACUACCAAUCUCAACGAUGGGUCCUCCGGUAUCGAUGCCACCAUCCGCAGCACCUGCGACGGCUCAAACAACAGCAGCAAUAAAAUCGCCACUGCCCCCGAGCAGCAAUGAUUCGGUUGCGGCAGCAAGCGUUUCACCUGUUGUCGUUAAAACGGAAAGUGGUCCGCUACCGGUUAGUACAGCAGUCGUAAAGGAGGAACCAAUCGACAGUAACUCCGCCGAGCUGGCGGCUAAAAGAGCCGCCGAAAUUGCGCUCGAGCUCAAGAAGAAAAAGCGUCGCGAGUAUCAGAAAAAUCGCCGUCAGAUGCAAAUUCAGUCCAACAAAGACAACCAGCACAAUCAGGCCAAGAAAAAGCAGAAAAAAUCCGUCAAAGUGGAGGAAGACUACGACACGUGCAUCGAUAACUUGAUGGGACAGCUGCGCCAGUUACCGCCGAUGCAGAUACUGGAACCGGAGCUGCCACGCAAUUACGGUGUCUGUUCGGUGUUUGGCACCGGCGAUCUGUUAAAGUUCACCAACCUGAAGGGUUAUUCGAUCGCGUGUGGCGAUUUGGCCGGUAGUUACGGCGAUGCUCACAUCCCCUCGGUGGCGGACUUUUACAACACGAAACCGUUCGGCAUAAAGGACCCACCGCCGGAACCGACACCUGUUUCCAUCCAGCGUGGAUUUUACGAUCAAGAGUUUGCACCGAUCAAGUUCGAAAUGGAGGACCGCCAGCGGUAUGAGUUUGUGCGCGAUCGUGAGCUCGAUUCUCCAGAUACGAUCAUCAGCACGUCGAGUCCGGAAUGUAUACGGUGGGAUUCUCCCAUCGGGUUCCCGGGGCUACGGUUGAUCAAGGAGGAACCGAGCGAUGACGAUCAAAUGACCGUGUACAGGCAGAUGUCACCGGUGAUUCCAAUACUGGCGCCAAUUCCAAUACGAUUACGCAAAGGCAUCACACUGUCCGCCGACUCGGUACGCGCCAACGGCACACUGAAUGUCACGGACAGCAACAAGGAAAAUGAAGGGUUCAAGGAUACGCUUGGUGUGAAAUCGCGCUUUGGACCACCAACACCGUUGAAGGACACCAGCAACGUAACGGUCACGCUAACACUCACCUCAUCGGCCGUCGAUGAUAUUUUCGGUGUUUUGCGCGAUCUGGCCAACAUGUUGGAGAUUCCACCACCCACUACAUACCAAAUAGUGGAACGUACCGCGUCGCCAACCGGCCAAAAGCUUGGUCUGUACCGUACAAAGGGCAGGGAUGGUAAGGAAGGUACAUCGAUCGACAUUCAAACCAUCCUGAAUGGAUCGGCCCGGUUUUGCCGACAUUGUGAUGUGGUGAUACUGAACAACAUAAUCAUCGCAAGUGCGGCCGAGUUUCCAUUGCUUGCCGGCAACGGGGACAACAGUGUUCACGAUUUGCAAUCGGAAGAGCUCUACUUCUGUGACGAACAGUGCUAUCGGCAGUUUAAGUGCUGUCCAACAAACAUACUGGAUGAGAGCGGACGAAGCAUCGCAGCAUCACCGUCCGGAGGCGAAAACAUCGUUACGCUGAACCACAAACCCGACAAGAGUGUACCAACCGCAGACACCCUUCCAGAGGCCGGCAUGGUUGAAAUCAAGCAGGAGCUGUUAGACGAUGUGGAAAUGGAGGACGCAUCCGGCGGUACGAAAGACUCGCAACCCGGUAGCGCAGAACGUAAGAAGAAACAUGUGGACGAUGGAAUAGAGAAAGACGUGCAGUCCGGCGCGCCACCGGCCAAGCAGAUGAAGGGCAUCCGGUACAAAGUGUACACGCCGAACUGUUUCGGUGUGCAGCGGUUCAAGAAGCCGAGCGAAAAGGAAAUAACCGAAACACUGUUUCGCAUGAACAUCACCGUGACGCCCGCACCGAAGAUGCCGGACGAUACGCGGCGCUGCAUCUUCUGCCAUACGGUCGGCGACGGUGUGGCUGACGGUCCCUCGCGCCUACUCAACUACGAUGUGGACAAAUGGGUACAUCUCAACUGUGCCCUGUGGUCGGACGGUGUGUACGAAACGGUGAACGGUGCACUGAUGAACCUGGAAAAUGCGCUCCAACAAAGUUUGACCUCGGUGUGUGCCUUCUGCAACAACCUGGGUGCCACGGUCAAAUGUUUCAAGACGCGUUGCGCCAACGUGUACCAUCUGAGCUGCGCGAUGAAGGAUAGCUGUGUGUUCUACAAGAACAAAUCCACCAUGUGCCAGACGCAUGCGCCCAAGACGGAGAAGGACUCGGAACUAACCACGCUCAGUGUACAGCGCCGGGUAUACGUCGAACGGGACGAAAGCCGCCAGGUGGCGUCGGUCAUGCAUCACUCGGAGUCGAACAAUUUGCUGCGGGUGGGCAGCUUGAUCUUCCUGAACGUGGGACAACUAUUACCGCAUCAGCUGCAAAGUUUCCACACGCCAAACUACAUCUAUCCCAUCGGCUACAAAAUAAUCCGAUUCUACUGGUCGAUGCGUCGUCCGAACAAGCGCUGCCGGUACAUAUGCUCCAUCGCAGAUGUUUGCGGACAUCCAGAGUUCCGCGUGCUUGUGCAGGAAGCAUCCGAGGAUGACAUAGAACUGCGCGAUUCGACACCGAAAGCAGUCUGGCAGCGCAUUCUUGAACCGAUGGCCCAGCUACGGAAGAGCUGCCACAUAGUGCAACUCUUUCCGAAAUACAUCACCGGCGAAGAUUUGUUCGGAUUGACCGAACCGGCGGUCGUGCGUAUCUUGGAAAGUUUGCCCGGCAUCGAAACACUGACCGACUAUCGGUUCAAGUAUGGGCGCAAUCCACUGUUGGAACUCCCGCUAGCCAUCAAUCCAUCGGGCGCUGCCCGAACCGAACCGAAGCUGAAGCACUCGCUUUCGUGGAAAAAGCCCCACACGCAGCGCACCGGUUCCGCCAGCCAACGGCCAACGUUCGUGCCGACCAGUUCGCCGGCCGGGGAGGUUGCCUGCCCGUACAGCAAACAGUUCGUGCAUUCGAAGAGUUCGCAGUACAAGAAGAUGAAGCAGGAGUGGCGCAACAACGUUUUCCUUGCGCGUUCGAAGAUUCAGGGGCUUGGUUUGUAUGCGGCACGCGAUCUCGAGAAGCACACCAUGGUGAUUGAGUACAUUGGUGAGGUAAUACGCACCGAGGUGUCCGAAUUGCGCGAGAAGCAGUACGAAGCGAGGAAUCGCGGCAUCUACAUGUUUCGAUUGGACGAGGAGCGUGUGGUCGAUGCGACGCUUAGCGGCGGUCUUGCGAGAUAUAUCAAUCACUCCUGCAACCCGAACUGCGUGACGGAAAUUGUCGAGGUGGAUCGCGAACUGCGCAUCAUCAUCUUCGCGAAACGGCGAAUCAACCGUGGGGAAGAACUGUCCUACGACUACAAGUUCGACAUCGAGGACGAUGCACACAAAAUAUCGUGUAUGUGCGGUGCACCGAACUGCAAGAAAUGGAUGAACUAA